GCAGAGAGUAACAAACAACAACCAUUCAGACAUGACUUUGGUCGCAAAUUUGCAACUCAACAUCCUUCCGCAACGACCGAGAAGCACCACCACCAAGCUCGUGUGUUCAUUGAAAGACCCAACAACACAGCACCUCUCCUCUUCUCUAUUACCAAAGCUAAUAUCUUUUGCUCUUGCCUUAUCUUUCAACACCUCUUCACCUGCCUUAGCCAUUCCUUCUCUCUCCUCUUCUCAGCCUCUCACUACUACUCCUUUCACCCAAUCGAAGUUCGCCCAGACCGGUCUCCUCAACGGCAAAAUCAGACCUUGUCCUUCCACAAACCCAGGAUGUGUAUCAACAAAUCCCACCUCUUCUUCCUUUACAUUUCCAUUGACAAUCCCAGAAACUGAUACACAGGAUCCAAUCCAGAAACUGAAGGAAGCAAUAGCAAAAACCCAGAAGAAUCCCAAGUUUGUGGUUAUUGAAGAUAAACCAGAAGGGAGAUAUCUGGAGGUGGAGGUAGAAGGAGGAGGAUUUAACCAGAGCAGAGAUGUGAUGGAGUUUCUUGUGAAGCAAGAUGUGGUUGCUUACAGGUGUAUGGCUACUAAAGUUACGUUUGUGUAUCCAUUCACAACUGCUUUUGGAGACUCGAAGGGACAAGAGGAGAGGAUGAAGAAGCUUAUCGACGAGCUUGGUUGGUAUGCUCCUACCUUUGACAUGGAGGAGUCUUCUCUUAAUGCUUUCCCUUACAACAAUUAGCUGCUUUUUUUGUUUAUUCAUCACUUUACAAGUCGAUACUUAUACAUUAUGAGUUUCCUUUGAGAGUCUAUAAGAAAGCUAUAUAGUGAGCCUGUUCAGUUGAUGAGGUAUAGAUGAUGUGUUACAUAACUUGCAAAUGUUACUUUUAUGCUUAGGAAUAGAAUGCCAUCAGUUCCAAU